AUGGCCAGCGACACAGCGGCAGGCGCGGCAGCGCCGGCGGCCGCGCCAACGGCAGCGCCGGCGGCGGUGGCCACGGCACCGGCAGGUCAGACCCAAGCUGUGGGAUACCAAGCACAAAACUACAUGCCAAUGGGCCAGCCGGGCUAUGGACAGGGAGGAUAUCCGGGUCAAGCUGGGUAUCCUGGACAAUAUGGGCAGCCUGGUUACGGGCAGGGACCCGGAUAUCCGGGUCAGCCUGGGCAGCAGAUGCAGCCGCAGGACAUGCGUCCUCAGCUGAACUUCCGCACGGUGGUGCGGUGCUUCAUGGAGAUCGCCGCCAUCAUCCAGGGCUUCAGCUUGAUUCUGAUGAUGGGCAGCGGCUGGGUGCAGGAGAUGGGCUCCAACGAAGAGCAGCCUCUGCGCCGCUUCGCCGUGUGGCUGGGCAGCUCUGUGCGGGGUGCCGUGUCCUCCGUGGUGCCACUGGCAGCCUUCAAGCGGAAGCACCGCUCGCUGGAGGAGAUUUGGGACACGCAGCCGGCGCCUUCCCGGCCCAUGCGCUGGUGGGUGGUGCUGGGCUGCGCCUACUUUGCCGCCUCUUUCCUCCAGGAGUGGAGCGCCUACCGCCGCGCCAAGGCGGCCGCUCCCCAGAAAGUGGCGGAAGGCGACGCGGCCGGGGGGCGGAGCAGCGGCAACCUGCUGGAUUUCUACUUGCAGAAGCAGCAGGAGAUGCACCGUCAAAAGACAGGCGGUGCGCGGCCAGCUGCGGCCUGA